UUUCAGGUUAGGUUCGUUUAACCUCAACAUUCCAUAAUAUUUUUCCAAUCCUUUUUUUAUAUAAAUUAUAAUAUUUAUAAUCAAAUGGCGAACUUGGGGUGUUCUCUGAUGCAAGAAAUGAAAAAGACCGAGGAAGCAAUGAGUGAAUGUUACGACAGAAUAAAGGAUAUCGAACGAAAAAUGGUAACAAGAGAGUUAUCGCCUGAAGAAGAAAGAACUAUGAGACUAGAACUUGAGGAGGUGAAAAAAUUAUUAGCUACCAACACUGAUUUACUCAAAAAUCUACACAGGGGCAAUAGGGGCAACUUUUUUAUAGCUUUUGGUGUCCUAUUUGUAUUCAUUUUAAUUUUUAUUGUCUUUAAAGCCAUGAAGGGUGAUUUAUGAUAAUCCAACAAAUCGAACAAAGUAUGCCACAAAAGUAUUCCUUAUAUAUUAAGGUUUUUUUUGUACGUGUUCAAUAUUUAUUCAUUCCUAAACUAUGAAGAUGUUUAUUUUUUAGUAUCUUUGUAAUAAAACUAUAUUUGUCGAGAAUUAAAUCAAAGCCGGUCAUGAUCCA